AUGGUUCAGGACAAGGACUUUGUCAUUCUUCCCGGCCGAGAUGAUGCCUGUGGAAUUUGCUUCACGGCAAUCACCUCAGGGUUCGACGUGGACUACGUUGACGCAAUGGCGCGCUACAACUCCAAGGAGAAGGCUAACAAGCCGUUUGUGAAAGAUGUCGACAAGAGCUGUGACAGACUAGCCCGGCUUGAGGCCGACGAGGAGUUGGAGUAUUUCGAUCCGCCAUCCUCGGUGAAGGCUGUGCAGUUGAUUUCAGAGUCGAUGUCGAUUGAGUGCUUGUUCCUGACCGAGUGCCAACUCGUGAAGCUCAUCGGCUUGACCUCCAGUGCUUUGAAGCUUGAGAAAGUCAACCGAUUGAGUGAGUGUGGGCGAAAGGUAGUCGUCGGCUUUUAUGUUCGCUUUGACGACCUCCCGGACGACAUCAGGGAGAGGGACCUACUCGGGCUCCGCAAAGUCAAGUGGGAGCUCAAGUUCGUUGGACAGCACGACAAGGAGAUCUUGCAACCAAGCCGACAGCUACGUUUGGCGCAAGGGGCUGAUGUGCUGCCAGGAGUGGCUGCACGGAUGCCGGAUCGGUCUGCCCCCAACCCUUUGGAGCUUCUGGCAAGUAUGCCGACCAUCAGCUCCUUGCGCAAGAAGGCUGCCGAUCUCGAGGAGAAGCGAAGGAAGAAGGAUGUGGAGCUGGCCGCCAAGCUCGAAGUCGAUGAUGAUGGCAACCCGGUCGACAUCGCGGAUGAGGACUCCGACGAGCCACGGAUGAAGGGAGCUUUGUCCUCUGGGCUGGGAACGACAACGAUCGACAGAGAUGCAGGCUUGACCAGGAAGAGGAAGAAGGGGGCCAGUGUGAAGGCAGAUGCCCAAGCGCCCAAGAGGGCCACCGGCAGCCUACGUGGGGAUGAUGCCCAAGCUCAGUCCCAGAGUCAGUCUCAGGACGAGAUCAAGGCUGCCCUCAACCACGACCCCGAGCUUUGCAAAGUGGCACUCAAGCUCGGCAAUGUUCCCGACAGCUUGACCAACUUCACAGUUCGACGGGCUCUAGAAGGUGCCAAAAUGGGCAAUGCAUGCACCGGCGCCACUCGCCUGCUGGACAAGCUGGGAGAAGGGUCGAAGGAAGGCCGCAGCCUUUCGCGGAGGAUUGCAGCUGUGCAAGCCGCUCAGCUCUUGGCGACGACUGCAGAUCUUGCCACCCUGCCCUACGAGGAGAGGAUUUCCAAGUAUGUCCUUGUUGGAGCCACCGGCAGCGCUAUCCCUCUCUUGAUCAAGGUGAAGGUCACAGUUGCCGAAGUGUCAGAGGCUGUGAAGGGUUUCGUGACAGAUGGUGCGGCUGCUAAGCUGCAGGGCAUCGUCUCGAUGCUCAUCCUUUGCAAGGGCUCUGUGGAGGAGGAGUGGAGCUUCACCAAGCCCACCUUCGCGCAUGUGGUGACCGAAGCGAUGCAGCUGUCAGGAGAUGAUGAGCGUCGGGGCCGGGAAGCUCGAGACCUGGGUACUCCGAAGGGGAAGGAGCAGGCAGAAGAGGUGGAUGCAGAGAUCGAGAGUCGCUGGGAGGCACUGGCAGGUGCAUGGGUGGAUGCCUUCGCCAACGACACGCUGCUGGGAUUGAUCCCGGCAACGAGCACGUCCAGCUACUCACGCCUCCUGGACGUGUGCUCCUCCAUGCUGACAGCCCUCAAUGCGCAGGUGACCCACAUCCCGGAGGACUUUCCAGCUCAGAUGCGGGGCAGCAUUGAGCGAGUCACAUCUUUCUGCAAGUGCAUUUGCUGCUUGGCUGCUCCACUCCCAAAUUACAUGGAUUGCACUUUCCGCGACGCCUUCGUGCUGUCCAAGUAUUCGGGCACCGACUACAUGGAGGCCGAGAUCAAGAAUGCAAUUGGCAGGAAGGGUUCCUUCUGGCAGGAGGCGUUCGAUGCGGAGCAGCGUGUAAGCUCGGCAGUCAAAGAGUUCGCCCCAGUCAUCCGACAGUAUCUGGCAGACAUGGACAAGAUCAUCAAGGAUGCCAGUGCCGAGGACAAGGAUGAGGAACCGGGCAUGGAUUGCGGUGCAGCUUGCAAGCUGGUCUUCGAGGUGUUGGGCAAAAGGGAGCACAUGGCGAGCAACCUCCGCAAGGGUGCCCUUCAAGAUUUGGAUUCCAUGAUCCAGAGUGUGAUUCCUUUGCUCAUGGAGAGGAUUGCAAAAGAUCGCGACCUGAAGUCGAUCGCGGAUGUGAAGAUCGAGGAUUUCAUGAAGCUGGCUUCCAAAGUCCCAGCCGUGGGGAAGCCGGUGAGCGGCUACCCCGAAGCCCUCGACAAGUUUGCGCAGUGGCAGGCGACAAAUCAGACAGCUUUGCAGAGUGCAAAGUUGAAGGAGUUGUGCCAAUCGGCCACGACGGCCGAGCAUGGCAAAUUUGAUAUUGCUGCUGCUUGGGGAGUGCUCCAAACCGUGGAUCUUGAGAGCGAGGAGGCGGAAGGCAUCAACCUUCAGCACGUUCUGAUGGCUACUUUGCAGACUGUGCAUCUCAAGGUGGAGGGUGGAUGCUCCAGGGCCCCCUUGAUUCACGAAGCUCGGAAGGAGGUCGCAACCGCCAAGGGGAUGUUCCAGAAAGUUCCGAUGGCACUGUCUGCUAGGCAGUGGUUGUUGCAGCAGCUCCAGCUGCUGGAGGAUUGCUUAUCCCAUGGCCAGGCAUGCAGAAGGUUCCAGGAACUUGGCCGUGACGCCAAAGAGAGGGAUGCAAAGGACAGCGAGCGGAUGUCAUUGGAUGCUGCCCUGAAGACAGUGGCUUCCCUUCGCAUCAAGGCGGCCAAGAGCAAGAAGGAGAACGAGUCCCUGGCAACUUUGGCAGCAUCGAAGGCCGGCGCCGUCUUCGCGGAUGAAGCUGAGCCUGGGAAAGAGGAUGAUGCUCCCCCCACCACGGUGGAUCUGGUUCUUGCUCUCGAGCAUGCGUGCUGCGAGACAGCCCGGUCCAUGGCAGACAAUCCGACCGAAGCGAUCACAGAAGCGUUGCAGCUCCUGAUCUCGAAGCAGCUGGAGGCCUGCAAAUCGGACUUCAAGGAGGCCCGGAAGCUUCUGUGCGAAGCCCCGGGCGACAAGGACAAGGGCAAGGGCCAGGAUGCGGCAAAAGCCGAGAAGCCUUGGACAGUGGUUGCCGGGUGGAAGGACAAGCUGCCGGAGAACCCCUCCCUUCAGCAGGUCAUGGAUGCAGCUGCCAGUAUCUUCGGCUCCGUGGAUGGAUCGGCCUUGAGGGAGAAGAUCGCGCACAUCGAGAAGGCCCUGCUCGGCAUCAAGACCGUACACGCAAGGUAUGGUCCUCACUUGAAGCAUUUUGGCAUGCAGGACGAGAUUAUGGCAUUGACGACCGGCGACUACACAGCCCUGUCAGAGGAUGGCAAGGCGAUGGCUGCGUUGGGUGCCGAGGCCUUGUUGUGGUAUGCCAACCAGCAUACCAACCAGGCCAUUGCCAAGUCCAUUCUUGGUGAAGUGUCAGGACGCAUUUCAGGUGACUUCGUCGACGAAGCGCGUGUGGAGAAAACUCUUUUGGCUGAGGGUCGCCGGAUCCUGGGCUGA